GGCAGUUUCUUUUUUAAAAGGCAAGCUCAAAGCCACAGAUUAUACAUUUAGCUCACAAACCGUGCGGGUGAAAGAACCUACAGAGAGAGCGACUGCCGGAAUCAGGCUUUCUGAAUCAUUUGGAGACGAGCGGCUUGCGCGUAAACGGCACCAGAUAGAGAGAUACGCGGUGUCUGGAUAUUUUCUUUUUUAAUUCAUUUCUGCAAGGUUGGAGGACGGCGCAGGGGGGAGCGGAGUCUUUGUGGAUUUCGAGCAUCGGAUGCGCUGACAUUUGGGACUUGAGCGCGUAAAGCACCUGUGGAUGCAACACUCCCCCCACUGAUGUGUGGAUUCCAACCUUUUGCAAAGAAAGGCUUCACCACAAGAUACAGUUGAUAAUCGUUGCGGUUUCGGUCCAGCACCGUGCGGUUCAGACGACAGGCGCACCAUGCUGCUGAGUGUUUCCUUCCUGGUGGUCCCCCUGCUGAGCAUCACCGGCUGCGGCUCGUCGUACGUGCCGUGCCAGCCGUGCGAUCAGAAGGCCCGGUCCAUGUGCCCGCCGGUGCCGGUGGGCUGUCAGCUGGUGAAGGAGCCCGGCUGCGGCUGCUGCCUGACGUGCGCGCUCGAAGAGGGCCAGCAGUGCGGCGUGUACACCGGGCCGUGCACGCGCGGGCUCCGCUGCCUGCCCAAGAACGGCGAGGAGAAGCCGCUGCACGCGCUCCUGCACGGCCGCGGGGUGUGCAGGAACGAGAAGUUGUACAAACUGCUGCAUCCGUCAAAAGACGGAGAGUCUCUCGAUGACGCCGUGCUACCCGUCCCAGAGUCCGUGCUGCCCCAAACCAAGGUGCCCUUAUAUGGACGAGACCACAUCAGCAGUCGGAAGGCGCAGGCCAUGAAGCAGGCCAAGGACCGCAAGAAGCAGCUGGCUAGGCUGGGACCCACCAGCAACCUGGACUUCUCGCCGUUCAGCCUGGAUAAACUGGAGCCUGAGUUCGGGCCCUGCAGGAGGAGACUGGAUAAUCUCAUUCAGAGCAUGAAGGACACUUCUCGGGUGUUGGCUCUCUCCCUGUACAUCCCCAACUGUGACAAGAAGGGCUUCUUCAAGCGCAAGCAGUGUAAGCCGUCCCGCGGUCGGAGGAGGGGGAUCUGCUGGUGCGUCGACCGGUUUGGCGUGAAAAUCCCCGGCAUCAACUACGCCGGUGGAGACCUGCAGUGCAAAGACCUCGACAGCAGCAGCAACAGCAACGAAUGAGAGUGAAGCGCUUGCGCCCAUUGAGCCCCAAUCUUCUUAAAACCUGCCAAUCAAGCUAGCGCACUUAAUGACUGCCAAUCAGGAAAAUAUGGCACAAAUGCUUAUAUAUACGGUCAGGUGUGAUGGACUGCGUUGUUUUUUUGUUUGUUUUAAAGGGGAGCUGAACUGAAAAGCUUGCUUGGGUGACAUGUAGGUCUUAACUCUGGCUCCCCACUGACUGUGUACUCUGUCUGAGGUUAGCUAACACCUCACGUCUUUAUAUCCAUAGAUAAUAGAGGAUUCUAUAUAUUUGUAUGAUAUUGAUAACAUGUUGUGUACUUAUGAGUCUAUUGUUAAAUUCACUUAAAGAAAUUCUGGGACAAGACAUAUUUUAAUGUGGCUUAAAUUUUUUUUUUCCAAUUUUCAUCAUGGUGAUGAUCAACAUGAAAGAUGAUUGAGUCGGUUCUCUAAAUUAGCGAUGUUUAACUCAUUUUUAAUGACAUCCUAAAGAGGCAUUUUUUAUAUAUGUCAAAUAACAAAUUCUGCCAUUAAACCCUGCCCCCAGGCUGCUGUGCUGAACACCAUCCUGCUUGCAGGCUGCUUUUCUGAGUGGGGAAGGGUUCUGCAGGAUUCCUGUGGGAGGCUGGGAAAACCAGCUCAUGAGCAGGCAGAGCAGCUGACGGCCGUUUCAUAUGCCAUUUCAGCUCGAUAGCUAUCAUCGUUUGUGCAGCAUGGAUUCAGAAAAUCACUGGCCAAAUCAGUAGCUACACACUUAAAAGAAUAGUUUGACAAUGUGUGAAAUGAAUUGAUUUGCUUCCUGGCAGAGGAUUAGAUUGACACUACUCUCAUAUUAUGUUGCAUAUGAAGACAGAGCCGGCAGCUGGUUGGCUUAGUUUAGCACGAUGAUCGCAACCUUGACUCUGUCAAAACAAAAUCCACUUAUAGCACCUCUAAAUGCUCAUUAUCGAACGUGCUAUCUGUCAUCUGUGUAAUCCUUAAGUGUAAAAACAAAAGUUAGAUGUUUAUGGGUGAGUGGGGUUAUAGGACCAGUACCUUCCUGGAGCCCAAGUAAUAAGAAACCCAUGCUCAAGUUUCCGGAACUCAAAUCAAAAUGAACAGCAGCAUGUCGAUGACUCAUGUAAAUGGUUUUGCCAGUUAUAGCCCAAAACUAGCUUCCGUAAAGGCAACUGACGAGUUUGUCUGGCUGAUUUUUGGAUUUCUGGUGUGUCACAUGAAAACGCCGGAAAACGGGGAGCAGUAGCAAGCAGCAUGUUACGGUGGUUAGGUUUUUUUAUCUUUUGCUUCAGUCUCGUUGCACGUUGUUCCCAUAGACUGUAAAAAACAAUAAAUAAUUAUCUUGGCUAUUUGCGCGGCAACCACUGAAGAGAGAUGAGUACUUCCCACGUCUCAAUUUAAGUAAAAUCACAAUGGGACCACGUUGACCUCACUCAGCUCUGUCUAGACCUUCGUCCUCACGGUGCACUUAGCUGUAGGUCAUUGUUCUGUCACUAUCAGAUGAGUCUUGUAUGCCUCUGCGCGUCAAACUUGGUUAGAUUCUAGGCCUCAUAGACUGAUAUUACCAGCUCAGACAGACCCAUGGUACUUUCAUGAAUGAGCGAUUUGGAUAAAACCUCAGAAACAAGCAAUCUGUACUGUAAAAGGUAGCUAUUUAACACUCGCCACAAGCCUUUUUCAAGUCCAGACGACUGCGUCCACUGUUGUAUGUAAAUGUAUGUACAGUGUGUGUGUGUGUGUGUGUAUGUGUGUGUGCAUGCUCCUGGGUGUGUUUGUUUGUAUGUGUGUGUACUUUACUGUAUGUGCCCUUAUAGUUCUCAGCUACAAAAAGCUCCGGGUCAAAUUCUCGCGAGCCCGGCCUACCCAAGCUACUGUGCGACAAAAUGCGGCGCCGUGCAUUUCCCUCCACACACAAAUCGUAUGCAAAGGCCUCACGUUGCCCAUGUUUCCACGUGCGGGGUCCUUGCUACCGCCGCACAGGCAAAUCUGCAGGCCGCGGCGACCUGCUCUCAGGGCUCGUCCUGCAAAGAGCGAGGUCGCAGAGUUUGCAUGGAAAUUCAAGUGCCUUCGGCCCCGCGCCACUUUGAAUUUUGAUUUGCAUGUGGACCCACAGUGUCGUUGAAUGAGCGGCGGCACAAAAGAGGAAAACAAUUUUAGGCGUGGAUGUGGACGGAUUAGUUUUGUUGUUGUAUGAUUUGGGUUUUCAGUUGGUUGCUGACAAAGAUGAUGACGAUCUCCCAGUCGAGCGCUGCUGAACGGAGGACAAAAUCUUUGCUCUCUAGCUCAAAAGUUGCUUCAGAUCCUCUUUUUGUUCAAUGAAAGACUCUCGUCUUUCUUCAGACAUUCCAAAUGCCUCAUCACGAUGAUAUUUAGAGAGCAUCGACUAGGGCUUGUCAGCCAUUUCCUCCCAAUGCAACACCUCUCUCAUGUUGUAAACACAGUGACACUUUGAGCAUUUCAGAAUCUCAGUUAGAAAAAAGAUUAAUGUGAACAUUAUGGUGAAAUAUUUAUCAGGCGUGUAAUUGAUGUACUCUUUUUUUUUGUAAUGACAAAUCACUAUUUAAAUAAAGUUUGUGUACUCACAGAAACGU